AUGGAAGAAGGAGGAUCACCGUGGGAAGAUGUUCCCUCUCGCUCCUCAUCGAACAUCAACCUAGCCAAGGCUACAGACAGUGAGAAUGCCAACCCUACAGAAGACCAGCAAUCCUCACAAACCGCACAAGAACCGACCUCGCCAACCUCGAGUAUAUCCUCCCGACCCGCUCCCUCGAAGACCCGCGCGCCGCGCCGACAUGUCAACCUCGCGCAGUCCACCACCCUCGAGAGUCUCGAUGACUCCAUGGGCCCACUGGGACCUCUGGGGUUGGAAGCUGCCGCGCCCGAAGAGCCGGCACCUGCUCCGCCUGUGAAAGGGCUGCCCACACGGACAAGGCAAUCUACCACAUCCUCACGACCGGGUACAGCGACAUCCACCCGCUCCAACAUCACGUCAUCCGACCAGGACGCCUCUUCCCUCAACGGUGCGCGGAUACCGCCUCCAGUACAACCCCAACCACACUUCGACCGCGCAACACCUUCCUCUCAGCCGGUGGAGCAGGCAGCGAAGCCCUCUUUCCACAUCUCAGUCGGCGACCCUCACACAGUUGGCAAUGCAGCAAGCAGUCAUACUGUGUAUACUGUGAUCACCACGACCACUUCGAAAGCAUACAACAACCCCUCGUUCACCGUAGUGCGCCGGUACCGCGACUUCUUAUGGCUGUAUGAGCGCCUACACGACAACAACCCUGGCACCAUUGUGCCUCCUCCGCCUGAGAAGCAAGCAAUGGGACGGUUCGAGUCGAACUUCGUCGAGAGUAGGAGGAUGGCGCUGGAGCGCAUGAUCAACAAGACCGCGGCGCACCCGGUAUUACAGAUGGACGGGGAUCUCAAGACAUUCCUGGAGAGUGAGGCAUUCAAUGUGGACAUCAAGCACAAAGAUCGAGCGAAGGACCCACUCCUAAGCUCCGAGUCAAAAGGCGGGCUCAUGAGCUCGAUCGGUCUGGGAGGCGGCGGCGGCGGUGGCAGUGGCGGCAAAUUCAUCGAGCACGACGAUUGGUUCCACGACCGCAAGAUCUACCUCGACGCGCUCGAAAACCAGCUCAAAGCACUGCAAAAGUCGACGGACACGGUGAUUGCACAACGCAAAGCCCUUGCCGAAUCCUGCGGCGACUUCAGCGCCUCCCUUCACGCACUGGCAGGUGUGGAGCUCAGCCCUUCCCUCUCCGGACCUCUCGACGCCCUGGGUGAAAUACAAACCCGCAUCCAAGAGCUCUACACCCGCCAAGCGAUGCAAGACAUCCUCACCCUCGGCAUCGUUAUCGACGAGUACAUCCGCCUCAUCUCCUCCGUGCAGAAGUCCUUCCACCAGCGCCAGCGCGCUUUCCACGCAUGGCACAGCGCCGAGAGCAAGUUGCAGGAGAUCAAGCGGCAGCAAGAGAAGUUACUUCGGGCGGGACGGAGUCAACAGGAUCGGCUGACGCAGAUGCAGGCGGAUGUGGCGGAUCAGGAGAGGAAGGUGCAUUCGGCGCGGUUGUUGUUUGAGGAUAUGGGACGGUUAAUGAGAGGGGAGUUGGAGAGGUUUGAGAGGGAGAAGGUGGAGGAUUUCAAGAGUGGGGUGGAGACGUUCUUGGAGGGGUGUGUGGAGGCGCAGAAGGAGUUGAUCGAGCUAUGGGAGACCUACCUUCUGCAGCUCGACGCCGAAGAGGACGGCCCGCCACAGAUGCCAGCCGGUAUCCAUGCUGAGGCCGAAGGACAGUCGGAUGCGCGCAUGAGGAGGGAGGCUGCGAAGGCGCAGCUGGAUGCCGAGAAUGCUGCAGAGGCGGCGCAUGGGGAGGGUGAUGAUGAAAGUCGCAUCGGUGCAGACGCGCAGAGCCUGUCCGGCGCCACGGCUGUUGGAGAAGGGGGGGAGAGCAUUAGGGCGAUCGACGACACUGCUGCUGCGAGACGGGAGUAG